UUUAACAGUUCCACCCAAAAGGGAGACGAUGAUUAUGAAGAUUACACUUCAAAUAAGACUUGGGUUUUGACUCCCAAAGUCCAUGAGAGCGAUGUCACUCUUAUUUUAAAUGGUUUGCUGGAAGGAUAUGACAACAAGUUAAGACCUGACAUAGGAGUUAAACCGACUAUAAUUCACACUGACAUGUAUGUAAAUAGCAUUGGGCCAGUGAAUGCUAUCAAUAUGGAAUAUACAAUUGAUAUAUUUUUCGCCCAAACGUGGUAUGACAGACGUCUGAAGUUCAACAGCACUAUAAAGGUGCUCAGAUUAAACAGCAACAUGGUUGGGAAGAUCUGGAUACCAGACACAUUCUUCCGAAAUUCCAAGAAAGCUGAUGCACACUGGAUAACGACGCCCAAUAGGAUGCUCAGGAUCUGGAAUGAUGGCAGAGUGCUGUACACACUGAGGCUGACAAUUGAUGCCGAAUGUCAGCUCCAGUUACACAACUUCCCAAUGGACGUCCAUUCCUGCCCCCUGGAAUUUUCAAGCUAUGGCUACCCAAGAGAAGAGAUCAUUUACCAGUGGAAGCGCAGCUCGGUGGAGGUGGGGGACACCAGGUCCUGGAGGCUUUACCAGUUCUCCUUCACAGGACUAAGAAACACAACUGAGGUGGUGAAGACUACUUCAG